AUGCAUACAUUCGGUGUAACAACAAGUCGAUGUUCCCUAUGCUAUGCUCUUUUAUACACCCAUACAACUAGUUCUACACUUGGUUAUUCGUCAUCAAAUAGACGGUAUGGUAAUCGUUGUUCGAUCGCAUCGAUCGAGCGGCUCAUUUCAUCAUCGAAAAAAUUUCAAAAUCUAUGGCUUAAAAAUCAUAAUGGAACAAUUAAUAAUCGUGCAAUAUGUUUUCGAUGUUGUGAAACAAUACGACAAAUAGAACAAAUUAAAGACCAUAUUGAAAAACUUGAUAGUGAACAGAAAAUACUUAUGAAUAAAAUUGAACGUAGUCUAUAUAAACGUGCACUUAUUUUCCAAGGGCAAAAACAACACAAAAAUGAUUUUAUUCCGUUUUCUUUUAAUCAUCGACAAAUCCCAGUAAAUGAUGAUGACGACGAUACUGAAGAAGGUGAGGAAAAACUUCGAACGAUACCUUCAAUGAAUGGUCAUGAACAUUCACCAUCUAUAGUGAUGUCAACAACGACAUUAGUUGGUGCUAAACGACGUAAAUCUAAAAUAGCGCACAGAAUUAAUAUUGAAGAUAAACCUUCAUUGCUCAAUCACGCUGAACAAUCAAAUUCUCCAAUAGUUCAUUCGACUGAAAAACUUUCCCCGAGAAUUUUAUUUAAUUCUCAUUCAUCGAAACAUCAUCGAACAGGUAUAUUUUCAACUGGUAUACAUGCUCAUCAUAACGAUUUCAGUAAUCUACCAUUUGGCUCAGCAUAUAAAUCUUUAACUUUACAAACUGCAUCCUCAUCAUUGGCAACUACUCCACCAUUUAUUGAUCCAACAACAGGAGCAUUAAUUGCCAUUGUUUCAAAUCCACGUCAUGCCGCUUUACUUGCUCAACAACAUCAUCAGAUGUUUAAAUCAUCCUCGAUUUCUCCAACAUCAACGAACGCAAUCGAUGAACAUGAAAUUAUACCUCCUAAACAACUAAAUCAAAAGAAAUUUCCUUGUCUUUUAUGUGGACGUGAUUUUUCAAACAAAUCCAAUUUAAAUCGUCAUCAUAGUAUUGUUCAUGUAGCUAUAAGAAAUUUCGAGUGUGCUCGCUGUCCAAAAAAAUUCAAAUUAAGACAAGGACUCAAAACGCAUAUGCAACGAUGCCACGGUGUUAACACGGAUGAACCCACAUUUGUUUUACAAAAACAUCAUAUUCAUCACCAUCACCAUUAA